ACAAUAAAUAAGAAAUAGUGUGCAGCCGGUAUUGAGAAAGGAACAAGCAGAAGCUACAAGGAACUAUUCUACCAGGUUGUAAAAAUAAGAGAAGGUGUGGCUGGAGGACAAGAAAGCCAACAAGCACCGACUAACCUGAGACAAUAUUGUUUUUUUUUAUGGAGUGUAUUGACUGGUGGAGGAGCAAGAAGUGUGUCUAGCAUCCCAGAGAUGAAGGCAGAGCGGGAGGAGAGAAGCAAAGUGUUAAGAAGAGCGUGGAAGACACAGCCUCGCAGGAUUGAUCUGGCAUAGUAGAGCGGAAUACCAAAGCCAAUGCGAGCAGCGUAGAAAUCAAAAAGUAGCAGUGUGCGCUCAAUACUAACUUGUUUGGAAAAUAUUUAGUAACAUGGCAUCAGGGUGGUGCCUGCUUUGAAGUCAGCGAUGUAAAAGCAGGAGACAGCUGAAGUGUAAUCAGUUUAUUCUUGAUCUGAUUGAGGAAAAGCACACAGGAACUAUCUAGAUCUACAAUCUGUUUUCUGUUCUUGGGAGUGCAUGGACUGGUCACGUCCUGGCUGCAGAAUGACAUAGGGCAUCGGGUACCUGCGCCGUGCUGUAUCUCAUUGCCAUUUCACCACUCUUUACUUGUGAGGAGUCAGCUGUCGGUAGACGUUUAUUGGAAGGUCAUUUUCAUGCUAACUUUUGGAUGCUUUGUUUUACCGUUUAUGUUUUGGAAGUGAACAACUCAUUUGUCCUACCUGGAAGAUCUUCAGCGUACUCACCAUGUGUGCAAAUAUAGUAUAUGAAUGGCUGAAAGCAUUGCAGCUUUCUCAGUAUGCAGAGUCCUUUGUGGAUAAUGGGUAUGAUGAUUUGGAGGUAUGCAAACAGAUUGGGGACCCUGAUUUGGAUGCCAUCGGCGUGAUGAUCCAGCAGCAUCGGAAGAAGAUCCAUGAUGCAGUCCACAGACUAAGGGAAGAGGAAAAAGAAGCUGCAAGUGGAUUAUAUUUCACUUUAGAACCCGAGGUAGAUUCUCCUACACCUGAUAUCUACACGAGUCACUUGGUGGAGCAGUAUGAAACCAAAGCUUGGAAAGAAGCGCAGGGUCAUAAACCAGUUUCAAGGAGUAAUAAAAGUGGUCAACUGAGUAAGAACUUGGUUACGUAUCCUAAAUUGAAGUUAAAGAUCAUGAUAAGGGAUAAACUCAUUCGGGAUGGAGUUAAUCUCAGUAAACCACCCUUCUCCAAAAAGCAGUUUUAAAGAAUACAUGGUUCCCUUCCAAGGAUGCAGCACACAGAGUUUCUGAUUUGAUGAAAGAGAGACUGAGGACAGACAGACGUUCAAGACCCAGGACCCCUUUCUCUGAUCAGUGUGGUUUUAUUGUGCGGCAGAAGAAGAUGGCAUGUACUUGAACACCAUGAUUUGUUUUUAUAACAAUAGCCAUCAUAUAUACUUCUGAACGUGUUGCCAUAAAUUGUAACUUUUAUUAUUUGUAAGUCCUACAGACCUGUUUUAUCAUUUAU